AUGUACAUGGUCAACUUCAGUCUUCUGAUCAUAGUCGCUACCAUGCUUCUCCAUCCUCAGCUUGGCUGGAUUCCGUUUAUUCCAACUCACACUCCAGCGCUGGCAUCAUUAGCACAGUGCCUGCUUCGUCCAAACCAGUUGCAUGGUCUUUCAUACGGGGUCCUUGUCGAAAUCCGCUCCACCGAAUAUCUACACAGGGCCUCUUUCCUUGGCGCCGGUUAA